AUGUCUUUUAUUCCCAAAGGAAACAAUAUAUGGAGGUUUGUUCGUCCUACAUUUCACCAUUGUGCACCACCAUUUCGAGGUCUCACAACAACUUCUGGUGUGAUAAAAGAUCAUCAAAAAAUAGUAGAUAUCCUAGCGGAUUUUUAUGAAAAACACUUCGAAGCUCCAGUGCAUGAUCCAAAUGUAUUGGCGCAUGCAGAAGCGAUUGAAGCAUAUAAAAACGUUUUCUAUAUUCCAAACUGUCCGUUAGAAAAGAUUACUAUGGAAGAAGUGGAAUUUACUUGGAAACGGACUCGGAAGAAAAAAUCAACUGACAGUGAAGGUACUUCUGCGUUUGUUUUAAAACAGCUCCCCGACGAAUAUUUAAACAUUCUAACAUAUGAUUUUAAUAAAAUUGCGCAAUUAGGAUCCGUUUUAAAGUUAAGUAAACAUGGUAAAGUUAUUUGUCUUUCUAAAGACGGAAUGUAUCCGGUAGUAAAUAAACUUCGUCCUAUUUCUCUCCUUUCAAACUUUGGAAAAUGGUUCGAAAGAGUUAUCCACAACAGAAUUUUGAGAUGGUAUAAAGGCAUGGACAUAUGUGUGGACGAACAAUCCGGUUUUUUUCGCCCGAAAGAAGGUUGCAAACAUGAAUUUUUUCUUUGA